AUGAAGCGCAUAGCAUACUUUAUCCUCACGUUCGCUCUGGAAACUGAAAAAAUAAUCCGUGAUCAAUUCGUCUUCCCACAGCCACGUCCUAAAAUGAAAGAGGCAAACCAAGGAGCCUGCGACAGAGAGUCGCGGAGGACAGUCGUCAUGUACCCUGCGCCUGGCGCAGGCCAUUUGAUCCCCACGGUGGAGUUUGGCAGGCUGCUUGUGUCGCAUGGCCUCGCGGUCAUCGUCGUUCAGCGUGGCCUUCCGGCCGGCAACGCCACAGCUCCCGCGUCCUCCCUGUACGGCAACGGCGACGCUUCAGCCAGCCCCUUUCUCUCUUUCCACUACAUCCCGGAGCCGCCACUCCCGCACGGGGUGCCGGAGGGCGACCAUGUGGCCAAGGUUUUCGAGCUUACACGCGCUUCCAACCCUGAGCUCCGUGAUUUCCUCCGCGUCACCUCCCCGGCGGCCCUCCUCCUCGACUUCUUCUGCUACAGCGCCGCCGAUGUCGCGGCAGAGAUCGGCAUCCCGGCGUAUUUCUUCUUCCAGAGUUGCACGGCCAGCCUGGCUGUAUUGCUCCACCUGCCCGUCAUCCACGGGCAAAACGAUGUGAGCAUGCGUGACCUCGGCGGCGAGCUCGUGCACGUGCCUGGCGUCACUCCUAUACCGGCGCACGACCUCCCCGCUGCUUUCCUCGAUCGGAGCAGCCUGAGCUAUAAGCAUUUCCUCGCCUUGUCCGAACAGCUGUGCAAGUCGCACGGCGUUAUUGUGAACAGCUGCCGAUCCCUGGAGCCGCGCGCCACCGACGCCGUCGCCUCCGGCCUCUGCACGCCCCCGGGGCGCACGACACCGCCCUUAUUUUGUGUCGGCCCACUGGUACAAUCUGCGGAGGUAGCCGAGAAGCAAGGCGAAGAGUGCCUUGCGUGGCUAGACACGCAGCCGAAGGCCAGCGUGCUGUUCCUCUGCUUCGGCAGUAUGGGUCGGUUCAGCGCCGAGCAGAUCAAGGAGAUGGCGGCGGGUCUGGAGAUGAGUGGCCAACGGUUCCUCUGGGUCGUACGCAGCCCGCCGGGCGGCAACGAGCAGCCGGGCGAGCCGGAGCUGGACGUGCUGCUCCCGAAUGGCUUCCUGGACAGGACUAAGGACAGAGGGCUGGUGGUCACGUCGUGGGCGCCGCAGCGGGAAGUGCUGGCCCACGAAACAGUGGGCGGGUUCGUGACCCAUUGCGGGUGGAACUCGGUGCUGGAGGCGGUCAUGGCGGGUGUGCCGAUGCUGGGGUGGCCGCUGUACGCGGAGCAGCGGAUGAACAAGGUAUUUUUGGUGGAGGGGAUGCAGCUAGGCGUGGCGAUGGAACCAGGCCCAGAUGGCUUCGUGACGGCAAAGGAGAUCGAGGGGAAGGUCACUUGGCUGAUGAGUUCUGAUGGCGGGAGGGAGCUUCGGGAGCGUACUUUGGUGGCCAUGAGAGAGGCAAGGGAGGCCCUCAGCGCCGGUGGGGAUUCCACGGCGGCACUUCUGCAGCUCGUGCAAAGGUGGAUCAUAUGA